AUGUCGACCACUACUACCCUUCGAAGUCUUAACAUCAACAACAUCAACCCCCACGUCAAGGAAGCAAAAUAUGCUGUGAGAGGAGAACUUGCUGUUCGAUCCGAGGAGUACAGAGCCGCGCUCGCAAAUGGCCCUACCGACAAGCUUCCAUUUGACAAAGUCAUAUCUGCCAACAUUGGCAACCCUCAACAAUUGGACCAGAAGCCAAUUACCUUCUUCAGACAAGUGUUGAGUUUGGUGGAGUACCCGCCGCUGUUGGAAAAGGAAGAUGUGCUGCUCAAUCAGCUUGGAUACAAGAGCGAUGUCAUUGCGAGGGCGAAGUGGCUACUGAAGACUGUUGGCUCUGUAGGCGCCUACAGUGCGAGUGCUGGUGCGCCCGGGAUCAAGGACAGCGUUGCAAAGUUUAUUGAGCGACGAGACGGCCACUCCGCAGACCCUAAGGACAUCUACCUUUCCGCCGGUGCCUCCUCUGGUGUCAACACCCUUCUUCACGUAAUUUGCGCAACCCCUAAGACCGGUGUCUUGGUUCCUAUCCCACAAUACCCUCUAUAUACUGCAUCGCUGUCGGUUCUUGAUUCGAAAUGCGUUCCAUACUAUCUCGACGAGUCCAAGGAUUGGGGAACGGACCUCGAAGCCGUUAAGGGUGCAUAUGAAAAGGCGGUGGCAGAGGGAAUUGAUGUCAGAGCUAUCGUCAUAAUCAACCCUGGAAACCCAACCGGUGCGAGCUUAUCGGAGGAUGAUGUGAAGACUAUUAUCGAUUUUGCCGCGGAGAAGAAGCUUGUGAUUAUGGCAGAUGAGGUUUACCAGACCAACGUCUUUGUUGGAAAGUUUCACAGCUUCAAAGGUGUUCUGAGAAACAUGCAAAAAGCAGACUCAGAGAAGUACAAGAACGUCGAGCUUGCUUCAUUACAUAGUAUUUCCAAGGGUAUGGUAGGAGAGUGUGGACACAGAGGUGGUUACUUUGAACUUUGUGGAUUCGACCCUGAGGUUCAGGAGCAAAUUUACAAGUUCGUUUCUAUCAGCUUGUGUGCCCCAGUCAUCGGGCAAUGUUUGGUGGAAAUGAUGGUCAACCCACCAAAUGAGGGUGAGCCAAGUUAUGAAUUGUACAAGAAAGAGUACGAUGGUAUCUUUGCUGGCCUCCAAACAAGAGCCACCGCUCUGUACGAUGCCUUCCAGAAGAUGGAGGGCGUCGAAUGUGGCAAGCCUCAAGGCUCCAUGUACCUUUUCCCAACCAUAACCCUCUCGGAUAAAGCCGUGGAAGCCGCAAAGAAGGAAGGUCGCAAACCUGACGAGUUCUACGCUUUCCGCUUGCUCGAUGCCACCGGAGUCUGCGUUGUCGCCGGUUCGGGAUUUGGUCAGAAGGAGAACACCCUUCAUUUCAGAACCACUUUCCUUGCGCCUGGUACCGAGUGGGUCGGCAGAAUCACAAAGUUCCAUUCCGAGUUCAUGGAUGAGUUCAGAUAG